AUGUUUAGAGUCGCCGGGAAAUGUGAAGCAUUCUACAAAUCUGCUGAUUUUUUCGUGAAUUCCAUUUACGUGCAAGAACACGUCGGCGAUUACAAUCGCGUCUGCCUUCGUGGAUAUUCAAAGCCGACCACUCUUCAAGUUUUUAUCGGCACAGAUCAGGGAAAAGUUGGGCCACACAUGUUCUAUCAAGCUUGUCGAGUAGCUGGGAAGAACUCUACGCCGUGUGGAGAAACCAAAAUAGGAGGAACCGUUGUAUUGGAGCUGACCAUGGAACCAAGCAAGGAAAUGACAGUUUCUUGCGACUGUGUUGGUAUAUUGAAAGAAAGGAACGUGGAUGUCGAACAGCGUUUUCCUGACCAAGCGAGCACUUCGACAAAGAAGCGUUCAACCAAAUGCAGACUCGUUUUUAGAGCGAAGCUGGAGCACAGUGGCGGAUUUAGCGAAAUCCUCCAGACUGUUUCUCAGCCCAUUAGUUGCACUCAACCACCGGGCGUGCCUGAAAUCUUGAAGAAAUCGCUUUCGAGUUGCUCAAUGGAAGGCGGCGUUGAGUUAAUAAUACUGGGAAAGAAUUUUUCCAAAGAGGCGAAAGUUAUAUUUAAAACUCCUGGUCCUGAAGAUGAUGAUUCUUGGGAAGUGGAAGUGUCCCCUCAGAAAGAAUUUCUCCACCAGUUGCAUUUGCUGUGCAUCGUUCCGCCGUUUAAAGACCUUGAUCUGAAUAAAAAAGUGGAGGUCGAGCUUACGAUCAAAUGUGGAGGACAGUCAUCCGACCCGCAUCCGUUUUACUUCACCCCAGUAUUACCAUCAUUGGAAUCGUUGAAAGAUUCUCUGCCAGAUGAAAUCAUCGUAGGGGUGACGCAUCAAACAUCAGUGGAUGACAUUUCUAACCAUUGGGAUUCCGAGAUGAAACCCUUGAUGUGCGUGAACCGGGUCUACGAAAACGACUCACCGAGGGAAGACAUCUCAGUGCAUUUGGAAGGUGAUCAGAAAUUUUUCUUGACUGACGUUGGGACAGCAAAUCACUUGAUGCACGAUCCUGAGCAGGGAUGUUUCCACGAGAACGGGAAUGCCAUUUCGAUGCAGCUGCAAGAAUGCUCAUUCACGCAGUUCCCAGCGGGCCAAAGACCAGAAGGUGAACUCAUGGAGGUGGUUUCUCUGGUUCAGCCGACUGCCGUACCUUCUGAAUCAAUCGUGGAGCUGAGCUCGGGUUGCCAAUCCUCUGCCCCGCUGUGCCACAUCGAGUACAUCUCGCCGCAACUGACUUUGACAGAGAAUAACGACCUUGAUGAGCAAAUGUGCGGCAUGAUCUCGGAGCAGCCCGUGGCCCUGGGCAGUGUUCGCCGUUUUAGCGACGCGUCCUCUUCGACACCCUGUCACAAGGUUAUUUUGUUGUCCUCUGACACUGUGCACGUGCCUCCUGUGUUCAUGACUGCUGGAGAUGCCCCAGUCGCGGUGCCUUCUCAAUUGGAUAUUCUGAAGGAUGCCGAGCAGUUGUUUACGGAGCUGGCUGGGCAUAGUGGGGAAAAUGGAAAGGACGAGUUGCCUAUGUUGCUGGCUUCCGAGGUGCAAUUCCAUGCGCCCACGAAGUGCGACGCCGUCUGCAAUCCGGGAACGGGAGUACAAACGGGAAACGAAAUUUUUCGAACGGGUUUGGAUGGUUUUUAAAUGGUUUGACGGGACGGGCUCUUCUGAAAUCAAAAUUGGUGGCUGGCAAUAGUACGAACAGCUAAUUUAGUCUUCAAUAGAACGCUCUAUGAACUUCCUUUUUCUUUGGUCGAAGAGCCCUGGUUUUACCAAUUGAGUACACUUUUAUCAUUUUAUCGAGAAAGUGAGAGCAUUGAUUCAAAUGCAAAAUCAGAAUGAGAGUUUGAGCGCGUGUUCUUGAACUCCCGUGUUUUUCUCUAAGCAAUAUGAAGUCCCAAUGAGAAUGGAACGAGAGUUCGUACACCUUUCGCGAAAGUUUUCAUCGAAUAUGAAUUUAUCGGAAAUUUUAAUAGCUGUGUUUGCCUGUUCGUGUUGUUCCUUCUCGCCUUUCCUGCUUUAUUCUAUUUUGUACUUCUGAAUCGCUGUGUACUAUGAUGAAAUUUGGUAAAGUUGAGUGUAUAUCCGCACUGCUCGGUCGUGGGGUGCGAGUAAUUUUCGUACAAAAUGUGAAAGGUCAUUAAUGAUCGUUCUUUAUCGAAUGGAAUCAAAUGUCGAAACGGAUUUAUGCGUGACAGGUUUACGGUUGCAAUUAGUGACUUUUGUGCAAUUUUUAUUAAGAAUUGGAUGCUGGUUGUGAUACGGAAACAGUUUUUGCUUGCCUGAGAGGCAUUGUUUUUUUUCUGUUUAGAAAAGGUCCAUGUAAAGGGUUACUGAUGUGAGGGAAAAGUUAUCUCGUUUUAUGGCAUUUCUUAAUUUCAAAAAAAUGUCGAUGAUGAUCUCUAGUCUAUUUCCAACGGUCCUUCGAGUCUUGUGCGUUCGGAGAAUUUUUCGCGUACUCGAUGUUAUGCCUUGACCAUAUAUUCCAGUAUGUGAAUACUUGUUCGGCUCUCGAACACCGUAACGAUUUUUUUUUAGCCCUAAUGUCCGCCGUGCGGAAUCGUUUCAAACUUUUCGGAGAAAGGUUCCUCUUAUGGGUGUGCAAGCUGAAACGUUGUGUGAUAAACGAAGACUGAGUUGGUGAAUGACAAUUUGCUAUUUUGUGUACGGCGAAAAUAUUAGUUUAUACGAAUGGCAUCUGAUGUUGCGAAAGCCUUAUUAUGGCUACGAAUUGUGGGCUAGAUGUCGACAUUGGGAACUAUUCAUGUACUCCGUGUAUGUAAUUCUGAGAGAUGCCUUAUAUGUACUCGUCACACUUUCCUUCUACCAUUGCCCUUCGCCGUAUCAGAUUAUAUUUAAAUGACAGUUUUAAAUGUAAGUUUAGUACGAAGAAGUCGUACUAAAUUUAUCGAGUACCGUACAUUUUA